AUGUCGAAUUCCCUGCCAUUGACCGACUCACUGGACAACUCGGACACAGAGAAGGGUUCGGUCAGCCAGGAAGUUGCUGUUCUUGAACCUGAAGACACGCCCUCUUCUAGUAAAGUUGAAUUAUUCCCUGAAGGCGGAACACGAGGAUGGUUGACUAUCUGCGGCGCAGUACUUGUUCAAUUCACAACAUUUGGCUACAUUAAUUCGUUUGGUGCAUAUCAAGACCUUUAUGUUCGCGAAUACCUUUCAGACUACAGUCCCAGCACCAUAGGAUGGAUAGGGGGAACUCAGAUUUUUUUGAAUUUCUCUUUGGGUAUCAUUGUCGGCCGAGCCUUUGACAGAGGUUAUUUCCGCCACCUCAUGGUUUCUGGUCUUAUAUUUUACUCCCUUGCACUUUUCAUGUUGUCAUUAUCGCACAAAAAUUCGUACUAUCAGGUUUUUUUGACUCACGGGGUAGCACUGGGGCUGGCGAGUGGUUUGUCUUACGUUCCAAGUUUGGGAAUCGCCUCCCACUAUUUCCACCGACGACGACCUCUAGCCAUGGGCAUUGUGUCUUCUGGCGCUGCUCUUGGUGAGGGUGUUGACACUGGGUUACCGUAA